AUGGAAGGUUUGCCUUCAGGAGAUAUACAAGCUAAGUAUCAAAAAUUGGCAGCUGAAUAUUCAAAGUUGAGAGUUCAUGUGAAGGUUUUAAAAAAAGGUGUCUUAGACGAACAGGCUCGGAAUAACGAAUUACGGGAAGUAUUGAAAGUGAAAGAGCGAGUGAUAAGGCAAGAUGCAUUGGAAAUAGAUUCAUUAACUUUCAGAAAUCAGCAGUUGACGCGGCGCGUAUCCGUCCUUCAGGAUGAACUCGACGCUUUACAGGUUAAGUUAAAUAAAAAGACAAAAAGCAAAAGUGAUGAUAAACAAACCACUAGCAAUGCUACAGCACCAAUGGAUUCUGGACUCUUACAAGAGGAGCUACAGAAAAAGAUUAUUGAAAGUGCCCAGUUGGCAUCACAGCUUUCAGACAAAACCUUUGAAGUGGCUCAGCUUAGAGCCUCACUAGAAGAUUACCAGAAGCACCUAAAUGAAAGUGAGAGUAAAUACAAGUGUGAGAUAGCAAAGUUAAAAAAUAAAAACCAGGAAAUCCAAUUUGCAUUGGAAGAAGCACAGAAAGACAGGCUUGGGAGUAAUUUAAACAAAGGACUAGCAGGAACAAGUAGUCAAGCAGCAAGUUGUAAUGGCGACUUUCUGUCAGAAGGCGGUAGUUUGAUUGGCAGUGAAGAUGCCCUCAGUUCAGUGGAUGAGCUUAACAUCAAUGAACUUGGUACAAAAGCAAUUACACUUGAACAGGAGAAUCAAAAACUACGAAUGGAAUAUGACAUAUUGCAAAUGGAAAAUGAAAGCCUUAAAUUAGAAGUUGCUAAACAUGUAUCAGCUGCACAGAAAAGGAAAGGGGAGGGACAUGAUUCUGGCGAUUUUAACAAUUUCAAUGAGACUUCCGUAGACUCAGAGGGGAGGAUAACAGGACUUCUUGGCAGUUUAGAGGUGCCAUUCCUUCUCAAUCAUGAGAUUCAGAUGAGAGAGGAGCGAGUGAAGAGAUACUUUAGGAAUAAGCUUAGUGAAGUUAAUAUUGAGCAUGAAGAGUUGAAGAGCAAGACUGAACAUUAUUUAAACGAAUGUGAAAUGUUGAGGCACCGCUUCGAGGAGAUGGAGCGGGAGAGGGAUACGGAUGCGCGCACGAUAGACGAGAAACACAAUACUAUCAGCCGAUUGGAGGAGGAGCUCCACUCGACCUCCCACAACUACGAGCAGCAGAUGUCGGUCCUCACCGAGCACGUGGCCGGCCUCAACGAGCAGCUGGCGAGCCAGCACGACCAGAUAGAGCACCUGAAGCACCAGCUCAACACCAGGAGGAAAUUUGUUGUAAGGAUACGCGACAACGCCGCGUUGAGACGCGCCUUAUGGGUGUUGCAAGCGACUGUACCGGACUUGAGACGCGCCUUAUGGCUGUUGCAAGCGACUGUACCGGACUUGAGACGCGCCUUAUGGUUGUUGCAAGCGACUGUACCGGACUUGAGACGCGCCUUAUGGCUGUUGCAAGCGACUGUACCGGACUUGAGACGCGCCUUAUGGUUGUUGCAAGCGACUGUACCGGACUUGAGACGCGCCUUAUGGCUGUUGCAAGCGACUGUACCGGACUGGAGACGCGCCUUAUGGCUUUUGCAAACGACUGUACCGGACUUGAGACGUGCCUUAUGGCUUUUGCAAGCGACUGUACCGGACGUCGAGCUCGUUCCACGGGCG